ACAAACCCAAUCGGUGUUUGUAAGGACGAUGGCGAUUCCGAUUUGUGCAUCGCUCCGAACAUCGACGAGCGUUGAGCGGCUUGCCUUCUUCUCCACGCAAAACACGGGGUUUCUCUCCUCCACAAAAAUAAAACAAAGCAGCACACAUACAUAAUUAAUCAUAGGAAAAUAACGUCAAUGCGGAAUCGAACAAGGAGCGUCGCGGUCUCACCGGGGUGAACGACGACGAUGUUGGGGCUGCGCAAAAACAGCAAACAACCGACGAGUGUCGACGGCGUGCUGUUCACUGCGCUUUAUAAAACAGCGAGCCCGCAGAGCGCGGAGACGCCGGGGCUGCUGCUUUGGAUCGGCACCGCUGCGCAGCGAAGUUGGACGCCAAGGCUGCGAGCAGGGGCUUCUUGCUGCUGCACAAGGGGAAAAAGAAGGAGGGGGGCGAGCAGAGCUGCUGCUCGGCCAUGGAGAUGUGGUCGGGGAAGGCGCUGGCUUGAGGGAGAAGGGGUGGGACAGCAAGGGGCAGAGGAGGUCGGCAGCCAUGGGAGAAACUCGAGCUCCCUGUUUGCUGCAGCCGCGGACAGCAGAGGGAGGACAAAGACCCGACUGCUACUGUUGUUGUGCGCCGGCCAUGGAGGGAAUGGAGCAGAGAGCGUCGGCCAUGGGACUGCUCACUGCGCCUGUGUCAGGGAAGCGGUCGAAGGGGAAAAGUGCUGUCCCUGCUGCCAAGCCUGAAGGGGCGCCAUGGGACAGGGGAACAGGGAGCUGCACGGCUGGGAAAAACAGGGGCACCAUGGUUGGGUGCGCGGCUGCUCGAGCUUCGCUGGCGCCAUGGGAGCCGCAGGGGAACAGGGCUCCAACUGGGGAAAAAGCCAGAGAGAGCUCGCGGCGAGCAGCAGCAAGGGGAAUGGAGAUCUGAGUGGGGGAGAUUGUUGGCGAGCUCGCGGCAGGGAGGUGAGCUCGGCCAUGGGAAUGGCUGCUUGCUGCCGUGAUGCGGGAGGAAGAAGGGGAGGACGCCAUGGGAGGAGAGGGAGCUCCCUGCUGCAGCCGCUCGCAGGAGGAGCCGGGAGGGCGCCGGGCAGAGGUCCGGCUAGAGGUGGAAGAAGGCUGCUGGUGGCGACUGGA